UAUUGCGUUUCAUUAAUUCGUUAUUAUCUUCACUUUUAUAAAUAAAUAACAAUGUUGUUUAUCAAAUACAAGCGGUUCGACUCUGGGAAUCCAUAUCGAUGGCAGCUCUGCAAUGAUGCGGUGGUUAAAUUAAAAAAGAUGGCUGAUGUCGAAAGGCUUGUCACUGCUUUAGCUGUUGUUGUGGAUAAUGAAAAUUUGCGUAUAGUAGUGAACCAAUCGACCAUGGGCGCAGCAGUAACUGGAGCCGCAACUAUUUUGGGCGGAUUGAUUGGUGGACGGCUCGGGCUAAUUGUAGGUGGUGCAAUCGGGGCAGCAGCUGCAGGUGCAAUCGCUGGUGAUUUCCGGACUGUUGGUGAUAUUAUUCAAAAUUACCUUACGGACCGACAACGUGAAGUACUGGCCCUAAGUGUAAUGGGCGUCGUAGGGAUCACUGCCGUAGGGGCUCUAAUGGAACGGCUGAGAAUUGAUCCUCAGUUGAGGUCUGUAGUCUUGCAAGAAAUAAGGGAUUUCUUUGAACGCAACACGAAUCUACAACUAGUUGAGGUGUAAACACAGAAAAUGUGCUUACUGAACUGUAAAUUCCAAUCUAUACAUAUAUGCAUAUGAUGUUAGUGGGAAAUACAUUUUUACAUGGUUAUUUAGGUGCAAAAGCA